AAGGGCUAGAAUCUGCGAUCAAAUUCAAGGGCCCAAAACACGUUUCCCAAUUCCCAUAUUUUAUCUUCUGCAGUUCUCACUCCCUCAUUCUACAUUUCCACCACUCUUCGAAGCAGAUACUUGCAAAAAUCUUUGAAAUUCUCAAAUCCCUAGCGACUAUUACCGAUUAGUCCGAAUUCCACCAAUAUGGCUCUGUCUAUGGGAUUGUUUUCAGGAUUUGUUCCCGGAGAAACUACGACGUACUUCAAGCCGUCGUUUUCGGCGUCUAGUCUGAGAAUUGCGCCUUCACUCGCUAACUUGCAGACUUCGCGCACCGUGAUCGUCGCCGCUUCUUCUAAGCCGACCACGGAGGCGAAGAAACCCGGCGUACGAGGCCUCAUGAAGCCGCGUCGUGUCUCCCCGGAAAUGCAAGCGUUCCUCGGUGGAGUUGCGGAGACCCCCCGUACUCAAGUUGUGAAGGCCGUUUGGGAUCACAUUAAGAAGCACAACCUUCAGGACCCUACAGAGAAGAGGAUUGUUGUGUGUGACGAAAAGCUGAAGAAAAUAUUUGGAGGAAGGGAUCGGGUUGGGUUCCUUGAUAUUGCAGGGUUGAUUAGUCCUCACAUUCUCUAAUUAUUAUUAUUAUUACAACCAGAUGAUUGGUGUGCAUGCUGCCUAUGAAAAGAAUGUCAAUUUUGUAAAGGAAAGUUUGAUGGCUUAUGCAGACAUGUGUUCCUUAGGAAUCCUAUUCUGCGACCUUCAUGGGUUCCUUUAUUUUGACUAGUGCCACUAUUUAACAAGUUAAUUGUGUCUUGCUUUAGGUGAUGAUUUCAAUAAUAAUUAUUGCUGUUCUUAGGA